UUUUAACGCCGUAGGGUUGCCUAUCCUGUGCAAGUGUCGACACAUUCUUUUUCCGGCAAGAUCCUCAGGUGGACGUAUCGUAGUUUUUAUAAUUUUAGCCGUAAAAUUUUCUCCAUCUUCCUAUAAUGAAAAUCUGGAAGGAUAUUUUCACUGGUGACGAGAUGUUCUCGGACACAUACAAGGUGAAACUGGUCGACGAUGUGAUGUACGAGGUGUACGGCAAGCAUGUGUCGCGUGUCCUUGGUGACGUCCAGCUGGAUGGUGCAAAUCCGUCCGCUGAGGAGGCCGAAGAGGGCACAGAUGCUGCCACCGAGUCCGGUGUGGACAUUGUACUGAAUCAUCGGUUGGUAGAAACGGGGUUCGCCGAUAAGAAACAGUUCACCACCUACCUGAAGGAUUACAUGAAGAAACUAGUCGCCCGGCUGGAGGAAAAGAAUCCUAGCGAGGUGGAGGUAUUCAAGACCAAUAUCAACAAAGUGAUGAAGGAUUUGCUUGGUCGCUUCAAGGAUCUGCAGUUUUUCACCGGUGAGUCGAUGGACUGCGAGGGACUGAUUGCCAUGCUCGAGUACCGUGACAUCGAUGGCGAAAGCACGCCGAUUCUGCUUUGCUUUAAGCACGGCCUGGAAGAGGAGAAGUUCUAGACUAGACUGCACGCAAUCAAUCAGAUACUAGGCCCUAUUUUUUCGAUUUGUUUUUUUAUCUCAAUCCCCUGCUUUUUUAUUUAUUUACGGCUACCGCAGAACAACCUUGUUUUAUUGAUUUACCGGCUAAACUUUAUUCAGAAGGGAACCACAAUUCUGUGACGAGUGGCGACGACCUGUCUAUUAUAGUGACAAUACAAUUCCAAUAGAGUGAAGACUUGUUACAAUCUUUCUGGACCAAUCCGUCUGCCGAGUCGUCGUAUUUGCUGAAGCUUUGUGUUUUACUACAAAAUUUUCAUUUGCCACAGAGAAGGAUAGAUAAUCUAACGCAAGCGGAGACUUAGGACAUUUUUACCAUCAAUACUCGUGACAGCGGCAUAUCUUCCAUACAAGCGUUGUAUAGUUAUGUUCGGAAGAUUCAAUCACUUUGUUCAACAAGGGUGACAGUUUGGAAGGUGGAGAAAAGUAGAUUUAUUUGUAACCUAACAAACGGCAAAAAAACGGAUAAACGAUUAUCGAUAAGAAGAAUGUCAAAACAGAAAAAAAAUAAAAUUGUGCGAAACACUCCAGCUCGUUUCGUGGAUGUUGUAAAAGGAA